UAGUAGGGUCCGGAACAGAUCAGAGUUCCACUGAGUGUACAAGAGAGCAGCUUAGAGCACAGAGCGUCUUGAUUUUUUCAUUUGUAAACAAUAUCCGAAAUAUCGAUGAAAAUUGAUAGCAUGUGCAUAUAGUUUUUGUAUGAUAUUUUAUUAGCUUUUUCUGAUUUACCUGUGGAAUCAAUACAGCUAAGUGUGCAUAUAGUAUUGAAAAUAUGAUAACUAAAUCCCUCAAUACUUGAAAAUAGGAACAGCUCGUACAUAUACUUAUUACUUGAGCUUACUGCGACCAGAGAUUCACAUAAGAGUGAGGAUUUGAGGAAGAAAGAGCCAUCAGAGUGCACGCAUGCAUACCUCCUCUCUUUUUUCUCUUAUGCGGUCGCGAGCUCAUAGCCCAAAGGUUUCGUUUCGCCGUUUCGCUUUUUUUAUUUUGAGUUGUGAUAGUACUUGUGAUAAGUAGUUGUGAUGCUCCAUGUAAAUGCAGCCUAAGCAAUUUGCUUUUUGUUGUUGGAUGAAUCAUCAUGCUCAUUGUCACUAAUGUCACUUGCAAGUUGAGUAUCAAUCAUGGAAAAUAUUUUCGAGUGAUAGCUAAAUUUCUCUGGAAAAGAGGUAUCCUCAACUAAAAGUGGUCUUGUCUCUGGGCUACUGUAUCCUUAUUUACUCUUUCUACACUGAGGGUCUGAGGAAAGAUAGUUAUUAACCAUGCUGGGCUCAGGACACCUACAGUCUAACUUGGCUGCUGCUGCUUUUCUGAUUGUUACAAUAUUUUCAAGUUUAUUUGAAUACUCCAGUGCUGAUCAUUUACCUUUGACUCCAAUUAUUGUCACAGCAAAUUACAGUACAAAUUACACUUUCUCUAUGAAUUCGACCAUAGAGUAUGUUUUUUUGUACAGUGAAAGUGGUGUUAGCUCUCUCGAAGGUGCAAGGAUCAUAGUUGAAAGCCAAGAUGCACCAACAAAUUUUCCACUAAUUGUAGUAGUUAGACAGAAAAAGGGUAUUCUUUCCUGGCAAAUACCUUUGCAAGUAGAAAAUAAACACUUGAUUGAUCCUAUACCGUAUCACGUAACCAGCAGAACUCUAUGUCCCUCAAAAUACUACAAGGAACUUAGAUUUACAGAUAAUGAUCAGUAUGUUACAAUUAGCAUAUCAACAGCCAAUAUCAAUAAUAUUACUUUCAAUUUGGGAUUGAAGCCUAUCCAGAAUUUUUACAUGGAAUCUGGAGAAUCUAGAAAAUUCAAUAUCACUCCAUCAGAGCCAGUUUAUUAUGGUUACAAGUUUGAUGGCUUAACUGACAGCUCUUCUUCUGUUUUAAUUAGUGUUAAAUCUGAUUCUGAAGUUUGUAUGACAUUUUCUAUUCAAAAUACAACUUGUCCUGUCUUUGAUUUGGAAAGAAAUAUCCAAUAUGCGGGAUAUUGGCAAACUGUUAGCUUACAAGGGGGCAUCACUGUGCCAAAAGAUGUUUAUCCAAAAGGCUUUUUUAUAGUCUUGGUUGUGAAUGCCGAUGACAUGGAUUGUACAGGAACAUCUAGUACCAUUAAGGAUCGAGUGAAAUUAGUAAAAUUGACAGUUGUAAAUAGUGUAACAAGGCACGAUUAUGUAAUAGCAUGUACAUCCGUUAUGUCAAUUUUGAUAGCCUUUUGCGUUAUAUACAUAACUGGUGCUGUUUUCUGCAAGUUCCGCAGAUCACGGAUUGCAAGAGAACAAUCAGUUCAAGACGAGUUUGAACAUGCUCAACAGAGUGCUAGCUCGCCUAGUGGUCCAGCUUCAGGAUUUCAAGAAAUUGGAGAUAGCGCAAACAUUGCCCUUGAUGAUGACUCGUCAUUGGAUGAAGACGACAUUGAUCUUAUGGAAGAUGCAAUGUGCGAUAAAGAAGUUGUACGUACAAAGUUAAUUCUUUCAGUUUGUGACCUGGCUAGAAAGGAACCUAAAAUACUCCGAAAAAAGUCUCGCCUCUAUGUAUACUAUCUCAUUACUGUUGCCAUUUUCUACACUGCACCUGUUGUACAAUUAGUUGUGACGUACCAGAAGGUGCUUCAUACCACAGGAAAUCAAGAUCUUUGUUACUAUAAUUUUCUCUGUUCCCAUCCGCUAUUUUUUUUAUCAGACUUUAAUCAUGUGUUCACAAACCUGGGCUACAUAAUGCUUGGCUUACUUUUCCUCUUUUUGGUCCACAUGCGGGAAAAAAAUGAUGACUUUUUACUCCACAAUGACAGAGGAUACGGAAUACCACAACAUUAUGGAUUGUUCUAUGCAAUGGGCUUUGCUCUAAUGAUGGAAGGAGUGCUUUCAGGAAGUUACCAUUUAUGUCCUAAUCACAGUAACUUUCAGUUUGAUACAAGUUUCAUGUACAUUAUUGCAGUUCUUUGUAUGGUUAAAAUAUACCAAAAUAGACAUCCAGAUAUAAAUGCUCAAGCUCCAGUUACUUUUGGAGUUUUAGCAAUUACUAUACUAUUAGGCCUAGUGGGUGUACUCGAUGGCGAAUUAUACUUUUGGAUAUUCUUCACUGUGGUUCACCUGAUGACCUGUUUAUCCUUAAGUGCACAAAUUUACUACAUGGGAAGGUGGAAAUUUAAUGGAGGUGUUUUCAGGAGAAUGUUGAUGACAAUGAAGCACGAUUCCCGUGCCGGCAUCAGGUAUCUAUUUCGUCCACUUUACUGGAGGCGCCUUUUAUUGCUAUUAAUUGGUAAUCUUUGCAACAUUGGACUCUCUGUGUAUGGUAUCAAGAAUCAUGAUCAAGAUUUCGCCACAUAUUUGCUGAAGGUUCUCAUGAUGAACCUUCUAUUGUACACGUUUUUCUACAUUCUCAUGAAGUUAUUCAGUCGAGAGAAAUUGAUGCUGCAUUCAUUUAUCUAUCUUCUGAUGUCAUUUGUAACAUGGGGAGGUGCACUUUACUUCUUUCACAGCAAAACCAUAUCUUGGGCGUUAACACCCGCUCAGUCACGCACUCACAAUCGGCCUUGUGUACUCCUCAACUUUUUUGAUUACCAUGACAUUUGGCAUCUCCUCUCAGCCCUGGCCAUGUUUUUCUCAUUUAUGGUACUGCUCACCCUUGAUGACGAUCUCUCUGAUGCGCAUCGUAGCCUUAUACCUGUGUUUUAAGUACAUGGGUUACAAAGAUAGCUCUAUAGUCUGUAAAUUAUUAUGCAAAAGACUGUGAUCAACUGUGCAAAACUGUUAAUUUUUUUUUUUUUUUUUUUUUACCAGAGCAAUGUUGAUAAUUGUUAAUAGUGUCGUGAGACAUUUAAAAAUUUAGUGUAGUGUUCAUAAGAAUUGCUAUGCUGUUUCAUAGGCCUUAAUUAAAGUUAAUUAAUUAUUAUAUUGAAAAAUGAAUGUUAAAGAUAAACUAGUAAUUAAAAAUCUUAGAACCGGCAAAAAAUGCCUUUAUUGCAAAAUGUUGAAAUCUUAUUUUAAGAUAAGUUAUGCAAAUUGUAAAAAUAAAAAACUUGUAUAUAUUAAAUUUUAUACGCGCCAAA